AAGAGAACCUCUUCGCGCGGCAAUCGUCUCAAAGAACAGUAUAGCGUCCCUCUCCGGCUUCGGGCUCAGUGAUGUGCUAUACUUGACUGAAAGAUGAUGAUGAGAUUUGACGGGGGCGCUUGCAUAGCAGUCAACAAGGCCGAUGUAAACUGUGUUCGCAUACCACCGCAUUCUCCUGUCCUCCUACACCCAUCAUCCUAACACACACGCUAUGGUCUAUGGCGAGCUAUUUCUUCAACGCAUGCGACCCAAAGCGUACACGGUUCGGUACGCUCGUUCGUGGGUUGGCAAUCCCCUCCUUUAUGUUUCCGGCGCGAUGGCUUCUCUGGGCGAUGCUCUCUUCGGUUAUUCGCAAGGCGUGACUGCGGCAUUCCAGGUUCAGCCUAAUUUCAUCCAUCGAAUGUAUGGACAAGGAGUUUCCGUUGAAGAAGUCAAGAUGGGGGACAUGGAAGUGUGGCCGCUCUUGCCUGCACUUAUGGUCGCCUGUCUGAACAUCACUGCACUCUUCGCCGCUCUUCUCUCAGCGUAUCUUUCCGACUAUCUGGGGCGCAGGCUGACGAUACGUAUCGGCGGUGCUAUCUACUUAGGCGCAUCCAUCAUCCAAAUGUUUUCGCCCAGUUUCGCCUCGCUAGUCGUCGGUCGUAUGAUUCAAGGUGUCGGGACUGGUAUUCUCAGCACCACGGUGCCCAUCUAUCAAUGUGAAAUUGCACCCACCAGCGCUCGUGGUAUGUUCAUCGCCCUGGAAGGUCUGUGGGAGAAUCUGGGCUAUUGCUUGUCGUCUUGGAUCGGAUAUGCGUUCUUUUUCGAUAUGCGCUCUGGACACUCUUGGCGCGGACCCUAUGCCGUGCAAGCGUUCGUCUCCUUGGUGCUCUUUACCUGGACGUUCUAUCUUCCUGAAACUCCUCGCUGGCUCAUUCAAAAUGGAUUCAAGACAGAAGGCUUGUGGACGCUUGCAGAUUUGCACGCCGGCGGCGAUAUUACAGACGUCAUGGUUAAUCGUACCUACCAUGAGAUUAUCGACACUCUUGAAUUCGAGGAGCGCCACAACACUUCUACAGAUUCCCCUUGGCGCUGCUUAUUUCAAGAGUACACCCGACGCUCAGUCAUGGCUUGGACGGCGCACAUGUUUGCUCAACUGAAUGGAAUCAACGCGUUGCUGCACUUUCUUCCAGAAAUCUUGACAAAAGCUGGAUACCCUGUUGCCAAAGCCCUCUUCUGGUCCAGUAUCUGCUCCGCGUUCUAUCUGGCUGGGACCAUCCCUGCAGUCCUCUACAUCGACAAGCUUGGUCGUAUUCGGUGCUUGAUUUUAGGAAGUGUUGCCUUGACAAUAGCACUGACAAUCGUCGGGGCAUUUGAAGUAUGCAUCGAGCACUGGCCGCAUAAACUGUCCACUGAUAGUGGCGCUCUUGGUGUUGUGGGCGGAAUGUCCAUCUAUCUUUUCUCUUUUGCCUCGACAUGGGGUCCAAUCCCUUGGCUACUGGGAGCUGAGCUUUUUCCUCUCAAAGUUCGCGCCAAAGGCAUGGCCAUGUCUACCAUUUCCGAUUGGCUCUUCGAAUUUGUUGUGGCAUUUGCAGCCCCUUCGAUGUUCAGAACGCUCCGGGGACAGGUCUUCUUUGUUCUGGCCGGGUUUUGCAUCAUCUCCGGGCUCAUUGUGCAUCUCAUCUUCGUUGAAACAGGCAACCAGACUCUGGAGGAGAUCGGUGGGAUCUUUGGAGACGAGAUCGUUCCCCCGAGAUUGUCCGACGAGCAAGAUCCUGUGCACAACGUUGAACGACGUCGCGGUCGGGGCCAUACUCUACUCAGCAUGAACUCGCAGAUUACCGCAGCCACCGCCGCUGUCCGAGCCACUGGACAUGCUCCACAUCGGGAAUCACGCCGUCCGCUGCAUUCCGCUUUGCUGGCGGUUCCUGUUGCCCGCUGGGAGGGCCGGGGAUCGGGGAAUCGGCGAGUGGCGAUGCCGUGACAAAUGAGCUAGCCGGUGGCGGAGACUAAACACCUGCCCUGCCCCAAUAUAGCAAGCGAUGAGUUGGCACGAUCAGAUGGUUACCCGGCAACUGAUGGGUAUUGGAAUGGGCCUGGUAACAGACCCUCCGCUAAAACCUCUCUGGAUCUGCUCGCCCACUGACCUCCAGCUCAAAUGAUUCUGGGCCUUUCCGGUCAUACCGGCUGGCAUUGUUGCCGUGCUCUCGGCGCCGCUGCUGGCUGACGCAUCACACCUGCUCCGUCUCACGUGCCAAUUUUCAUUCCUCCACGCCGUCACCGUCCGCUGUCACUGCCUGUCGACACCGCCCGUCAUCACCACCCGCCGUCUGUCCACCGAGCUUCCUUUUCGCCUCAGCGCUUGAAUAUUACAACGAUGCCCCAAGCCGAUACGUACACAAGCUCGCUGGGCCGCGUCGCACCUGCUCGGCCACGUCACUCACACCAGGCCAUCUCUGCACCCCCGCCGCCGGUCAAUAUUCGCAUCUCCGACUCAUUUCAUUCUACUUGGAUACAUCACUUAACACUACUGUCCGUAGCUCUCGAUAACCACUCAGAAUCUUGAUCUACGUUAUCAAGCGAUGGGCCGCUCUCGCUCACUGAGAACCAGCAGUCGCUGUGAAGGGUGGAGGGACUUGAGCAGGGGCUGUGGGAUCACUGACGUCGCUGUCCGCUGCAAUUGCACUGCUGUUCGCUGAACGCCUUCCCUUCUGCCGGGCGAUAGCCUGGCGGGUGGUCUUAUCGUCGCGGGCCCGGUUCCCCUUCUUUGGUUGCACCGACAUGUUCUCCUUUUCCGCAUUCGCUCGCUUUCCAUUGCUUUUGGCACUGCGACGCGAUCGCUUUGCUGGUGGCUCUUCCUCGACAUCCCCUUCCCCUGGCUCCUCAACCUGCGGUCCUGGCUCGUUGCUUCCGGCCUCUACGUCUGCAUCCCACUGCUCACGUUCCUCCUGUCGUUCUUCACGUGUUAGCUUGACCCAGCGUUGCUCGGAUUGACUAUGUCACCCGCCGUCCAUCCUAUCAGCUUGACGCCAAGGCUGACAACGAUGUCCUCCCGGUAGUGCACGUAUUGCAUAACGGCUUUCGGAAGCUUUGUGAUUUCACCUAUGUGCAGCCACUUAGUAACUGUUCCAACAGAGUCAAUUGGAGCGUACGCAGUCCCACAUUGACGAAUUCCCGGAUCUCCACCUUCAAGAAAUCACAUUUUUGUUUCGACGUUCUCAGCAACCCUGCGAUGUACCAAUAUGACCUGCAACUGCAAACGCCUCGACCUUUGCUCCCACGGUGGCCAAGUCCCAUUUUUGUCCAACGGCAAUAGAAAUCCGUGCUAUUUCGCACAAUGCAAAAGAAGCCCUCUACUCCGACCCUGUAGCUCAACGCUUGUACCUCAUAGUUUGUUUCAAUUUCAACGCGUAGGGUUGCAGCAAAGGAAACUCACCAGCAUGAUCAUGUUGCGCACCACAUUGGACACAUCCUGUGAACGUGCACGAGCUAGAAAAGUGUAUGAUCGUCAGGUGGAACACGCUCGAACUCAUCAUAUGUACGAACUCACCCUGGCUUAGCGCUGGUGCGUUUGGUGCCACACCUUCAGCUGAAGACUUGUCAGCCACUGGAAAAGAGCAAUCCAAUUGCCCUGCCUUCUCGGAUCUCCUUUGCCUUGAAGGCUUUAAAAGCGUUGAAAGGAUUGACCUUUUCUUGAUGAUUCACCAUUCUGGCGCCGCCUUGGAAAAAAUGAUCGAGGAAGUAGCGGGGUUUUUUGUUGAAGCGCUUUGACAGCUCAUCUGCCCGUUCUAUCGUUGACUUGAACCAGUCCGCUAUGAGAGUGUUCUUACUAUUCCUAUCCCGUCGUUCUUCCUUCUGCUGUGCUGAUGAGACAUGGCAGACCAGCGGAGACCUAGACGCGUGGAGACUUGUCACAGAUCUUAUUUGAGAAUCAUAAUGGAAUAGAUGAGACUUUGAUACGCGCGU